AUGCGAUCUGCGGUGGUAGCAGCGGCAGUACUGUCGAUAGUAUCGGCAGUCGCAGCGGAGCAGCAUGCGUUUGUCAUAGAAGACGAGUUCAAGCACGUUGCUUGUUCCAGUGCAGUCAAACUGACUAACAAAGGGAUUGAGUGUCGGUUGAACUCGCUAUCGGUGAACUACGGCACGGGAAGCGGGCAGCAAGCCGUGACAUGCCUUCCGAGAGGGGAUGAUCCAUCUUCUUACUUUUUGGUCCAGUCUCCGUAUGGGCAGCCGGACUGCACGCGCAAAACGAGAAUCGAGUGCGGUUCGGUUUUCCGUUUACUCCAUCUGGUUACAAAGAAAUACCUUCACAGCCAUGCCGCCCAUCGAUCGCCACAUAGCAAGAACCAGGAAGUAUCGGCAUUCGAUGGGGUCGACAAAGGUGACGACUGGAAGCUGGUCUGCGUGAACAGCGCCGAGAAAUUUUGGACGAGGGAGAGUCCCGUAAGACUGCAACAUUUGGAGACUGGCAAGUAUCUCAGCGUGACUGCCGGGAACACCUACAACAUCAAGCCACCAGGGCAGAUGGAAGUUAGCGCUGCGAGUUCGACUGGGAAUGAUCAAACUUGGAUUGCUCAGGAGGGGAUAUAUUUCGGAAACUCGGACUAG